AUGCCGGGUAAUCCUGAUGAACGCCAAAGCUUUGAACUGAGUGAAGCAGGGAGUAGCAGAAACGUUGGCCUGCACAACCGGCGCUAUUCCGGAGACCGCAGCCUGCAUGAACGGUCACCGCACACUUAUCGGUCCUCAGACGACCUUGAACAGGAUAUUGGCCAAUUCCCGUACCCCUAUGACGAUUCAACCAGCGGACGGCAGGUCUACGUCUACGAUGCGAAGGAGGACAUGGAGAAGGGUCUUCCGCCCUACAGUGGGUCCUUCGCAUGUUCAUCGCGGUCGCUCUCUGUUGAGGGGAAACGCUUGUCGUAUGUAGAAACAGACCUUGACGAGAGCGACGACCCUGACUACGACGAUCCAAACCUCGAUUAUGGCUCAAAUAAUAACAUCAACUUUGAGAAUGAUUCGCCGUACCCAGAAGUACGGUCGGCUGUCGCUAAUACAGAUGACCCAGAAAUGCCAGUAAAUACCAUACGAGUCUGGUUGCUCGGAUUCAUUUUCGCCAUUAUUAUCCCCGGACUAAAUCAGUUCUUCUUCUUCCGAUAUCCCGCAGUGACUAUCACCGGGCUUGUCCCACAAUUGCUGUCCUAUCCGUUAGGUCAAUUAUGGGCCGCACUCGUCCCGAGUGUCACAGUCUUAGGUGUAUCACUCAAUCCUGGUCCAUUUACCGUCAAGGAGCAUGUAGUCGUCACAAUUAUGGGCAGCGUUGGCGCUGCAUCCGCAUAUGCUACCGAUAUCAUUGCUGUGCAAAGAGUUUUCUAUAACCAAGAUUACUCGUUCGGGUAUGAGUGGUUACUAGUUAUGAGCACCCAGCUCAUGGGUUUUGCAAUGGGAGGAAUCGGGAAGCGUUAUUUAGUAUCACCCCCAUCUAUGAUCUGGCCAUCUAAUCUCGUCUUAUGCGCACUCUUCAAUACGCUUCAUUCACAGCAAUAUGCUGGAGUAGGAUCCCGAGGAGGCUUAUCACGAGAAAGGUUCUUCAUGUAUGCCUUCAUCGGGUCCUUCUGCUGGUAUUUCCUGCCGGGUUAUCUAUUUACCGCACUAUCUACUUUCUCUUGGGUGACAUGGAUUUACCCACGGAAUCGCACCGUUAACCAGUUGUUUGGCUACUACAGUGGACUCGGAAUGAGUGUUCUGACAUUCGAUUGGGGCCAGAUCGCAUAUAUCGGAAGUCCGCUAGCUACUCCGUGGUGGGCCGAAGCGAAUAUCGCUGCAGGCUUCGCAUUCUUCUUCUGGAUACUUACGCCCGCACUAUACUACACGAACACGUGGUAUUCAGCAUACAUGCCUAUUUCUAGCCGGACAAGUUAUGAUAACACCGGCGGGGAAUAUAAUGUGAGCCGAAUACUCAGACCCGAUGGAACGUUCGACGAGGACGCAUACCAUGCGUACAGCCCUUUGUUUCUGUCAGCAACAUUUAUUCUCAGUUACGGUCUGAGCUUUGCGGGUAUUACUGCGACUAUCGUGCACACUGUAUUAUACUUCAGAAGACAGAUAUGGAUACAGUCGAGACGGAGUUUGAACGAGCAAGAAGACAUCCAUGCUCGAUUGAUGAGUCGAUAUAAGCAGGUCCCGACAUGGUGGUAUGUCUGCGUAUUUGUUAGCAUGUCCACAUUCGGAAUUGUCGCCAUUGAAGUCUGGGAUACUAAAAUGCCAGUGUGGGCGCUUGCUUUGGCUCUCGUAUUUUCUUUCGUCUAUGUUAUUCCUAUCGGGAUGAUCCAAGCCAUAACGAACCAGCAAAUAGGCUUGAACGUCGUUGCGGAGCUUAUAAUCGGGUAUGCUCUUCCGGGGCGACCAGUCGCAAUGAUGUUGUUCAAAACAUGGGGAUAUAUCGCAGUGGCUCAAGCAUUGCAGUUCAGCUCGGAUUUCAAACUCGGGCAUUAUAUGAAGAUCCCACCACGGACUCUGUUUGUCGCGCAGACGGUGGCAACGGUGAUAGCUGGGACAGUCCAGCUUGCAGUUCAAAAUUGGAUGUUCAAUAACAUUCCGGAUAUUUGCCAAGAAGGCCAGCCGGACAGCUUUACAUGUCCGACUACACAAGUGUUUGGAACGGCAAGCAUUGUUUGGGGCGUCAUCGGGCCUAAGCUGCAGUACUCUCAAGGCCAAUUGUAUCAUUCGCUGACGUACUUCUUCCUCGUUGGAGCAGUUGCUCCGAUUAUCCCCUGGGCGUUGACGAAAUGGUGGCCGAACUCGGUCUUCCGGUACAUAAACUUACCGGUCAUCUUCGCGGGAACCCAAUGGAUCCCGCCGGCGACAGCGGGAAACUACGUCCCAUGGACGCUCGUCGGUUUCAUUUUCCAAUACGUCAUCAGACGGCGCGCCUUUUCAUGGUGGACGAAGUAUAACUACGUCCUGAGCGCCGCGCUUGACUCGGGUUACGCCAUCUCCGCUCUUGUUAUAUUCUUUUCCUUGCAGUAUCCUCGGCAAGUAAGGUCCAGCGUCAUUCAAAAUUGGUGGGGAAAUACGGUGUAUAAAAAUACGGAUGAUUACAGGAUGAGCCCGGCUAUUGAUCCACAGUUGGGGAGCACUUAUGGACCUUUGAGUUGGUGA